CUAACUCUAUAAAUAUACGUAUACGAGAUUAUUUCUCAAAAUAAAUUAUAGCUAUCCUCACAAGGUAUAGUACACACUACAGUUACUAUAAUGUUUGUUCGAACUCAAUUCCCGUUAAUACCAUAUGAAUCCCCACUCAUCCUACUCGGCAAUAAUACUUCAUCAAUAGUAAUGAAAUCACUAAUACGCACCAAAAACACAUCACACAAUUUAUUAGUUGCUCACCUUGCUGCUGCCCCAAAACGAGAGAAAGAUGCUAAGAAACGGGUCGUGGUUACUGGAAUGGGUAUUGUCUCUGUGUUUGGAAAUGACGUUGACACAUACUACAACAGACUCUUAGCCGGUGACAGUGGUGUGACCAUAAUAGAUCGAUUUGAUGCUUCAGAGUUCCCCACGCGAAUUGCAUCCCAGAUUCGUAAUUUCAGUUCAAAUGGGUAUAUUGAUGGCAAAUAUGGCGAAAAACUAGAUGAUUGUCAACGGUAUUGCAUCGUUGCAGGGAAAAAAGCACUUGAAGAUGCUGGUCUUUGUGGUGCUAACCUCUCAAAGAUUGAUAAGGAGCGUGCGGGUGUGCUUGUUGGAUCAGCAAUAGGAGGCGUAAAUGUCGUUUGUGAUGGUGUGGUAUCUCUCCUAAAGAGAGUUCAUAAGAAAGUAUCACCUUUUCUGGUGCCUUUCGCGAUAACAAACAUGGGGUCUGCCUUACUUGCAAUCGAUCUUGGUUUUGUGGGACCAAACUACUCCAUUUCAGCUGCUUGUGCAACUUCCAAUUAUUGCUUAUGUGCUGCUGCAAAUCACAUCCGAGAAGGGAAAGCGGAUUUAAUGAUUGCUGGUGGUGUUGAGGCUAGUGUUAAUCCCAUUAUGAUAGCAGGUUUUUGUUCUUGUAAAGGGUUGUCUCAGAAAAACAAUGAUCCCAAGACUGCUUCCAGACCUUGGGACAGAGAUAGGGAUGGCUUCGUAAUGGGAGAAGGGGCUGGUGUCUUGGUGAUGGAGAGUUUAGAGCACGCAAUGAAAAGGGAUGCACCGAUACAAGCUGAAUUCCUAGGAGGUGCUAUUAAUUGUGAUGCAUAUCAUAUAAUGAGUCCACGACCCGAUGGGUUUAGGAUUUCAUCUUGUAUUCAAAGCAGCCUUGCAGAUUCUGGUGUAUCAGUAGAGGAGGUAAAUUACAUCAAUGCACAUGCAACAUCCACAGUGAAUGGUGAUUUGGCUGAGUUAAAAGCUCUCAACAAGGUGUUCAAGAACACUAUAGGAAUCAAAAUGAAUGCAGGAAAGUCUAUGAUCGGGCACAGUAUGGGAGGCGCUGGAGGUCAGGAAGCGAUUGCCACAAUUAAAGCGAUUCAAACAGGAUGGUUGCAUCCUACCAUUAAUCAGUUUGAACCGGAACCUGGACUAAACUUUGACACUGUUAGGAAUCAAAAGCAGCGACAUGAAGUUAAUGUUGGUGAGCUUGUUUCAGUUUUUACGUAUUUUGCCAGGUUGCCGGAAUUUGAUACUUGCUAA